CGGACUAACGAUCGACUACAGGCAAUUUUCCCGAUGCCCCUUCGUACGAAUGGUGGUUUAACCAAGCUCAGCAGCUACGAAACGUUAAAACUACAUACUGCUUACAAACCUGUUCUCCAGUGAUUCAGCAUAUGCCUUUGUACCUUUUCCCCCAGGUCCACUCUAUAUCCAUCCUCACAGCUAUAAUCAUGAGGUUCGAAUACGCCUCAAAGGAAGCAGAUCCUUCAGACAUCGAAGCUGGCGAAGUGUAUAAACGGGUUGCAGCGCGUCGUUUACCACGCCCACUUAUCCCUCUCGAUCUUGGUUUGCUGCAUGCACCUCCCGUUGCAGAUGGCUACAACAGCUUUAUUGGAGCACUUCGGACGAAAACAGUCAUCCCUGCAGCACUAUUGGAAUUGAGUAUCUGUCGCGUUGGUCAUCUCAAUGGCGCUGUUUAUGAGUGGAACGUGCAUGGUCCGCUGGCAUUCAAGGCGAGGCUCUCCAUAGAGCAACUGCAAGGAGCAGCAACCCUACCACCGUUCACCAACAAGCAGGACCGCACACACAAGGCCUGGGAAAGCAGCCUUCUCACUGGGGUACAGCAAGCAGUUCUCAAAUAUACGGAUGAGGUCACUAUGAGGGUAACAGACAGUGAUGAAGUGUUUCGAGAGGUGCGUCAAGCCCUUGGUUCUGACCGCCAAGUGGUAGAACUCACAGCGACUAUUGAUGGGUAUAACUGCGUCAGUCGUAAUUUGGUGGCCUUGGACAUUGGAGAGCAUAGUGCUAGUCGGAUGAAGAGCGCGCGCAGGAAUUGGCCGCUGUCAGUACUCUGGUGA